UAUCUGUCUGUCUGUGCGUGCGUGCGUGCGCGCGAUCUCCUUUCCGCUCGCGCCGUGCUGCUGCUCCUCAAUGUAGCAAAGACCAUGACAGGCAUCGCCGCUGCCUCCUUCUUCUCCAACAUUUGCCAGUUCGGGGGCUGCGGACUGCACUUCGAGUCGCUGGCCGAGCUCAUCGUGCACAUCGAGGAUAAGCACAUCGAUACAGAUCCUCGUGUGUUGGAGAAACAGGAACUGCAGCAGCCCACAUAUGUCGCCCUCAGCUACAUUAACAGGUUUAUGACAGAUGCAGCACGGCGGGAGCACGAGUCUCUGAAGAAGAAAGUUCAGCCAAAGCUGUCACUUUCACUGAUGGGCAGCCUUUCACGCAACAGCGUGGCCACGCCCCCUCGCCACAACAGCGGCAACCUGACCCCACCCGUGACUCCGCCCAUCACGCCCUCGUCUUCAUUCAGGAGCAGCACCCCCACAGGCAGCGAGUAUGAUGAGGAGGAAGCAGAAUACGAAGAGUCUGACAGUGACGAGUCGUGGACCACCGAAAGUGCCAUUAGCUCUGAAUCCAUCCUCAGUUCCAUGUGCAUGAACGGCGGUGAUGAGAAACCGUUCGCAUGUCCCGUGCCUGGCUGCAAAAAGAGAUACAAGAAUGUGAAUGGUAUUAAAUACCACGCCAAGAACGGCCACCGCACUCAGAUCCGCGUUCAUAAGCCCUUCAAGUGCCGGUGUGGUAAAAGCUACAAAAGCUCUCAAGGGCUUCGACACCACACCAUCAACUUCCACCCGCCCGUCUCAAGAAUAACUUAA